UUUGGUUUUGCUUUUUGCACUCUUUUUUGGAAAACGUUUGAAUUAUAUUGACGAAAUAAUGGCUGACGUUGCAGAAGCAGUUCCCGAGAAACCCCAAGAGGAGGUGAAGCCGGAGGAAGAGAAAAAGGAGGAGGAAACAGCACCAGCCAAGAAUGGAAAGACUGAAGAGAAGGAGCUACCGGCAUCGGAGCCGGAAAACACGGAUGCAGAUGCGGAUGCCGAUUCGGAUUUGACCAAACAAGAGCGCGCCAUUAUACGUCAGGUGGAGUACUAUUUCGGUGAUGCCAAUCUAAAUCGCGAUAAAUUUCUUCGCGAACAAAUCGAGAAAAGCGAGGGAGGAGAAGGCUGGGUGCCCCUCUCAGUUUUGAUCACGUUCAAGCGCUUGGCCGCUUUGACCACAGAUUUCCAAGAGAUUAUCGAUGCCCUCAACAAAUCCAGUGAGGGUCUGCUGCAGGUCAGUGAGGACAAAGAGAAGUUGCGUCGUCAUCCCGAACGUCCCAUACCCGAACACAAUGAGGAGCGCCGCAAGGAGAUCCAGGAACGUACAGCCUAUGCCAAGGGCUUCCCUCUGGAUUCCAAAAUGAGUGAUCUACUAGAUUUCGUCAGCCCCUACGAGAAGGUCGUAAAUCUCACUAUGCGCAAACAUUACGAUAAACCCACAAAAUCGUAUAAAUUCAAAGGCAGCAUUUUCCUCACCUUCCAAACCAAGGAGCAGGCCAAAAAGUUUCUCGAGGGCGAGAAGAUUUUGUAUCAGGAACGUGAAUUGCUACGUAAAUGGCAAAUCGAUUAUCUCAAAGAGAAACAAGAAGAAUACCAAAAGAAGACAGAAAAACGUAAAAGUAAUCAGAAGAAAGAUGCCAAACCAGAGCCACAAAUUGAGCUACCUAAGAAUGCUAUUGUAGUUUUCGAGGGAGCUCCUGACACUUCAACACGUGAGGAAAUUCGCGAAGCUUUUGAGAAAAUCAAGGAUUUCCCCAUAGCCUAUAUUGAGUUCAACAAGGGUGACAUCAAGGGUUCGGUGCGGCUCACUGAGGCCGAUGCUGCUGACAAGUAUUUGGAGAAAGUCGAGGAUGGCAAACUCCAAUUGAAUGAUGAAAUUUCUCUAACGCUACGCAAAGCCACUGAGGAUGAGGAGAAAGAAUUUUUGGAUAAGGCAAUCGAUUUCAUGAAGAAACGUCGCGAUUUCUCACGUAACAAGAAUAAACGUUUCAAUCGCAAACGUCAUGGGGGCCACGAUCACAAAUCGGGCGCCAAAAAAGCUCGUGCGGACUAAAAUGUUUUGUUAGCUCUAGUUGGAUUUAGCUUUAAGCCACUUACCACCCUACCACUUUCAUGUAAUAAUUACUGUGAAAAACAAAACAAAGAAAAAUUAUGUUUCUUUA